AUGACGGAAGUCUCCUCACCACAGCCGGCCCACGUGCCUCAUCAUCCUCAAGUCGGUGCGAUGGCUGCUGCUCUACGGUCCAGACUAGAACAACUCCCGCAGUUGAACAUCUCAGUCCACCCUCCUACCCCAGGACAGAGGAGGCAUCGACGGGACCCAUCAGAUGACAUAUCGUCAGCCGCAUCAUCACAUUCAACGAGAUCCUUCGGAUCGCGAAGAUCGACUCUCUCCAACCACACCGACGCAACAGACAUGACCCUCACCCCUCUUCGGUCGAGAACGGGGACACUAUAUCAGACUGAGACUGUGGUCCCAUCAGCGUCUCAGCAUGUGCCUUGUAAACCACCCUUACGCGUAGUACUAGGUACUGCCUCGGUGGGCUCGCACUUGUCACCGUUGGCAAAGAUCACAACAGCGGAAGACCUGCAGAAGUUCGUCAACACGUUCCGGUCGAGAGGGUACCUGGACAUCGACACAGCUCGCGCAUACCCUGUUGGACGAGGCGGUACUUGUGAAAAGCUGCUCGGAGAGAAAGCUUUACGACUAUCAAAGUGGGCCAACGUUUCCACAAAGGUCUCAUCCUUCAUGCCAGGUUCUCACAAAGCGAAGAACAUCAAGCUCAGUAUAGAUCGAUCAUUGGAGGCACUCGAUGCUGACUCCGUGGACGUCAUGUACCUGCAUGCUCCAGACAGAGCAACGCCAUUCAAGGACACUUGCAAGGCUAUGCACGAAGCUUUCCUCGAAGGCAAGUUCGAGCGCUUCGGUCUCUCAAACUACGCCGUUGAGGAGGUUGAGGAGAUCCUCAAGAUCUGCGAGGAGAACUGCUACGUGAAGCCUUCGGUCUAUCAAGGCCAAUACAACCCCAUCUGCCGAGGUGCUGAGGAGCGGUUGUUCACUGUCCUACGUGACAACAAUAUCGCUUUCUACGCAUACAGUCCAUCUGCAUGUGGAUUCUUCUCGAGUAAGGUCACUAAGGCUUCGGCAAAGGACAAAGAGUCUCGUUGGAACGUCGCCUCGCCCCUCGGCGCUAAGUACUCGGGCGACUACUUCCACGACCCUCUUUUCGCGGCCGCCGAGAUCGUGCGACAACAAGCCCGUUGCUUUGGCAUCUCGGGACAUGCUGCCGCCCUUCGAUGGACUACAUGGCAUUCUGAGCUUGGUGCCGAGUAUGGUGACUCGGUCAUCAUCGGUGCUUCCAAGCAUUCUCAACUUGCUGAGAACCUCGACAUCCUCGAACAGGGACCCCUCCCACAACCUCUGGUGGACACCAUCAAUGGCGUUUGGGAAGAUGUCAAGACCUUCGAGAAGGGUCCUCGCUUCUCAUUCGUGUAA